UGAUGACUCUGCAACUAUUUACCAUGCACCUCGUCCUGCUCGUCGCUGUGGCCUUUUCUUCUACACCUUGCCGCAAGACCUCACUCUCCUCACGUCCGGCUACUUGACCAGUACUGAUUCAUACUUCUGAAACGUCCCGCCUUAUUAUCAAUAUGCCGGGGAAAACCGCACCGCCGCGCCGGAUCACCAAGUUCACAAAUUGCCGGAUUGUGAAGGGUAGCCAGCUCGUGAAGGAAGACCUUUGGAUUGACUCAUUGUCCGGCAAGAUCCUUAAAGACCAGGAAGCGUUCUACGACUUUCAUCUCUCCCCGGAUGAGGUCAUUGAUCUCGGCGGGCGCAUCGUCGCCCCGGGACUUAUCGACGUGCAGCUGAACGGUGCCCAGGGCUUUGACUUCUCUGUACCCCAAGCCACCACCGAGGAAUAUGAGAGGGGUCUGCGCAUGGUCAACAAGGGCCUUGCUCGGAUGGGUGUGACCUCAUAUCUCCCUACCGUUGUGAGCUCCACGCCAGAGGUUUACUGGAAGGUCCUACCCUCGUUAGGUCCCACAGAAAGCGAUGCCCAGCCUCAAGACGGCGCCGAGUCACUGGGCGCCCACGUAGAAGGGCCGUUCAUCAGCCCCGGUCGCAACGGCAUACACAAAUCCGAAGUGCUGCGCGCAGCCCAGAGCCUAGAAGACAUAGUGGAAUGUUACGGCUCCAACAAUCUGACCGGGUCAUCCCAAACGGUCCGAAUGAUCACUGCGGCGCCGGAAGUCGGCAACAUGCUGAACCAAAUCCCAUCGCUUACCUCGAAAAACAUCAUCUAUUCGAUCGGCCACUCAGACGCAACCUACGAGCAAGCUCUCGCCGCUACCCAAAGCGGCGCUACCAUGAUCACCCACCUGUUCAAUGCCAUGCGCCCGUUCUACCAUCGCAACCCCGGAGUCUUCGGCCUGUUCGGUCAGACCGAUCGCCCGCGUCCCUUCUACGGUGUCAUCGCAGACGGCAUCCACUUGCACCCGACUUCAAUCCGCAUCGCCUACAACGCUCACCCGACCGGGCUGGUUCUCGUGACGGACGCCAUGAGGCUUUGUGGACUACCAGACGGAGUCUACGACUGGACUAACGGGGACCGCAUCGUGAAGACCGGCGCACGGCUGACCCUGGAGGGGUCGGAUAAGAUCGCCGGAAGCUCCGCGACCUUGAUCGAGUGCGUCAACAAUUUCCGUCGGUGGUCAGGGGCCUCGACCGCAGAGGCCUUGAAUGCCGCCACGGCCACCCCGGCGCGUCUUCUUGGCUUGGAGGGAGUCAAGGGCUCGUUGAGCAAGGGCGCGGAUGCGGAUCUGAUCGUUUUGGAUGACGAAGAGGAUCCCUUCUCCGGCCCGACCUUGACUAUUCGUCAGGUGUGGAAGCGGGGUGUGAAGGUAUUCGACACUGAAGAUGAUAGUGGUGUUGUUCCUUCGAAGGCUUGAGUCUUCUAUUUAAACUUGCCUUUGGCUAAUUUUGCUUCGUUGAGCGUGGUACUUGGCUGUCAAAACAUCAGAUCGGCAUGAAGUAGACUAGAGCACUGAACUAUGGAUGCGAUGGUUGGCUUCAGCUACUUACCUGUUGAGCUGUGUACUUGCUUUCAAGAUUGGGGUUGGCG